UUAGCAUAAUGACAACUCUUCAUAUUAUUGUCGUACUCGCUAUAUUUUCUGGAGUUUCAUACGCUGGUCGUGUUGAUGACGAAAACUUUGUGUGUUCCGAACAAGGACGAUUUAAAGACCGUAGAGAUACGAAUUGUAGACGUUACCAUUUGUGCUCCGCUGGAAACGGAGGAAAAUGGGUAAGGAGCAGUUAUGACUGCCCUGAAGGAACAGUAUUUGAUGGAUCUUUGGGACACUGUUCCCUGGGUCCAUGCGAAAAAGAUUCUUCUUCUUCAGAAUCUUCUUCUUCAUCGUCAGAAUCCCAUUAUGAUGGUGAUGAUUACAACUGCAAGAAAAUAGGACGUUUUGAUGAUACGAAAGAUCCUUACUGUUCUGGUUACUACGAGUGUAAGAAACACCACAAGGGAUUUUUAUUCGGUGUGAAAAUUCCAUGUCCACCACCGAGUAAAUUCAACCCUGAUGAUAAACAGUGUUCACAUCAGUAUGUCUGUCGAAGGCAUUUUGAAUGUACACGUGAAGGACGGUUUGAUGAUGGAACUGACGACAAUAACAAGCGAUACUUCCUAUGCUCGAAAAAUAAAAAAGGACAGUAUGUUAAAAGUGUUUACACUUGUCCGUUGUACAGUAGAUUUGUAUCAGAUUUUGAACUGUGUGCUAUUCCAAAUGAGACUGCUUCUGAUGAGAUUGAGAUUCAUGAUCAUAACUUGCCUGUCGAAGAUUGGGAUAAUUUGGAUUCAUUUAAGUGCAGGUCCAGAGGUUUCAAUGCAAACAGAUAUGAUAGUACAUAUAGGUCCUUUUACUUUUGUGACGUUAUGUCAGAUGGCAAGUUUGCUAAGUAUAUAUUACUUUGUCCGCGAUAUUAUUACUGGAAUGGGGAUACUAACUUGUGUACUCCUGGACGCCGUUCGACUUCCUUAAUCGUGCUCAUUGCAACAAUUCAUCUUGCAAGAGGUGGAGAAACCGACGACUUUGAAUGCUCCGAACGUGGUCGUUUUGCCGAUGAAACCAACUGCAGACAAUACUAUUCUUGCCGUUUAGGAUAUGGAGGACAAUGGCAAAAAUCUAAAUUCGACUGUCCCGAUGGUACCGUUUUCGACCAAGACGCUGGACACUGCUCAUCAACCGCCUCAUGCAGCUCUGAAUCUUCUUCAUCAUCCGAUUCCUCCUCCGAUUCUUCCUCAUCCGAUUUCUCUUCAUCCGACGAAAAUGGCGAAUACAACUGCAAGAAACCCGGCCUUUUCGAAGAUUCCAAUGAUCCCACCUGCUGCAAUUACUACGAAUGCAAAUAUCAACAUGGUGAAUUGUUCUCUGUCCGCCGUCCAUGCCCACCACCCAGCAAAUUCAACCCCAAGACCAAACACUGCAGCAAGACCUACACCUGUACCAAACAUUUCAAAUGCACAAAAGUGGGACGUUUCGAUGAUGAAACCGAUGAGAACAACAAACGUUAUUUCCUCUGCGUGAAGAAGAAGAACGGUGUCUUUGUCCAGACUAUCUACUCCUGCCCUCUGUACAGUCGAUUUGAUGCCAUUGACCAUAUCUGUGUCAUUCCCAACGAAUCACUCUCUGACGAAGAAGAAGUUCAUGAUCACACCUUGCCCAAUGAAGACUGGGAUGCAUUCUCAUGCCCUGCCAAAUGCAAGAAAUACCUUUGCCACUAAUCGCAACAAAAGCUAUGAAUUGUAUUAUUUGGACAUUCUUAUUGAUUUAUAUUUUUAAAGAAACAAUGUACUUAUCAAACAAAUAAAUAAUAAAUGCAAUAUUAUAUUAA